AUACAACACGAACUCUCUCUUUCCUUUCUUUAUUCCUUCACUCUUCUUAACUCAUUCCUCAUUCUCAUUCAUCAUUUCUUUCUCAAUUUCAAACUACAAGCACACUAGUUAGUUAAUUGGUUAAGUGUUGAACAUAGCAAAAGCAAUGGAAAACAUUGUUUCCAUGCUGGAUUGUGUGCCUGUAGGAUUCCGAUUCCGUCCCACAGAUGAAGAGCUUGUGGAGUUUUACCUCAAACAUAAGUUGUUGCAUGAUGAUUUCCCUGUUCAGAUCAUUCCUGAGAUUGACCUGUGCAAGGUGGAACCUUGGGACAUACCAGCAAAAUCAGUGAUAAAAUCCGAAGACCCAGAAUGGUUUUUCUUCAGUCCUAUUGAUUACAAGUAUUCAAAUAGUAAAAGGUUUAACAGGACUACCAAACGUGGCUUUUGGAAAUCCACUGGAAAAGACCGUCAGAUUAAGACUAGUGGAACCAACAAUAUCAUUGGGAGAAAGAAGACUCUUGUUUUCCAUAGUGGUCGUGUCCCUACUGGUGUCAACACCAACUGGGUUAUUCAUGAAUAUCAUCAUGCUGUUAACUAUCCUGAAAACCAGAGGACUUUUGUUUUAUGUCGCUUGAUUAAGAAACCAGAAAAAAAAUCUGAAGGGGGAACCAAUGCACUGAUCUAUGAUCAAGGAGAGUCCAGUAGACACAUGGCCUCUUCUGACCGUGAAAAUUGGGCAUCAGAAGUAGAAUUUUCACCUCUAGGUGCUUUUCCUGACAUAAAUAUGGAAAGAAUCUUUGAUGAAAUACAUCAGACACAGCUAUUCUCCCCCCCAGUACAACAGUCUCCAAUUGGUAUUGAUAUGCAAACUUCAUUUGAAACUACCGAAGAAGAAGAUGAUUUCUUUAAUUCAAUUUGGGCUCAAGAAAAUAUUACAAGUGAAGAAAGAAAGCAUGCUUUUGUCACUAGUUCUAUCCAGUCAGAGUCAUUGAGAAGGGUAUUCAAUGAAAGCAGUGACACAGAUGCUGAAGUUGUUUCUACAAUGCAUGGCGAUAUUGUGGAUACGUGCGGAGUGUGUAAUGAACAUCCUAGUUCAAGUGAAUACCAUGUGUCAAAAAUGUUUAAAUCAUCACAUGGUUCUGCCCAUGGUGGCGUGCAUCUUCUAUCUUCUGAAGCAAACAAAGAGAAAAAGGACAGGGUCAUUCGAGAUGAUUACUGGGCAGCAGAGACAUCAUCUUGUGACUCGAAUGGAAAUAAACCUUUAGAGAUCAAUUGUAUCGAAAUUUCUAGCUCUCCUUCUACUCUAAGAAGAUGGAAAACUCAACAUCAUCCAAGAUCGGAGAACUUCAUAUCACAAAGAGCUGUUGCAAGAAGAUCUCAAACACAUCGGAAGGUUUCAAACAAAGCAGUAUCCCAUGUUGAGGAUUUGAAAUUGACUGUUGAGGAAUCAGGAAAAGACCUGAAAAAUGCUCAAAAUUCUAGUUCAAAAGAGAAUUUUCAAACCAAAAGCCAUCAAUCCUCUUAUGUCAAUAAAAAAGGUUCUUUCAUCUUCUUGGAGACACCUUCAUCAUGCCAAAGCCUAGUUCCACGCUCGGUAUAUCUUGUCAAUGUAGUUAUAGGGAUUGUGUUGCUAAUAGUGAUUAGUUUGGAUGUAUUAUCAUGUUAGAAGUACUGGUAGUGUGUACGAAGGGCUGGUGAGUGUAUCAUGGUUCCUUCUCACGUGGUGCUGGAAUUUCAUCAUUAUAAGAUAUGUAAUGUGUAUGAUUCACAUGAAGUUUUCACUGAUGCAAGCUUACUGCAUCUUUCUUAUCAUAAUGAAAUACUUGUAGCUUUUUCCAUUGU